AAACCCUAGAAGAGAAAUAUCAAAUAUGUAUCAGUAAGUAGGCCAUGAAAAUUGAAAGAUCCAGACAGCCAUGGCUCUAUACUUGAGACGUGCGUUAUUCUUAAACCGAAACGCAUUUCUCCUUGUUCGAGCCUCUUCGUUUCAAUCUCGCAAUCUCUCUCACAUUCUCUGUUAUCGCACUCCACGCAUCUCUGAUUCCCAUAAGACAGAAGCUUCUAUUCUUCCUACACUUGAUUUCAUCGGAUUUCCUCAUCGCGGAUUCGCUAAAAAAUCAAACCUCAACAAAUCAAAUGACUUGUUAGCUGACCAAACUGCGCCACAUGAUUUUGGGCCUAACAUAAAGGCCACGGCUGUGUCACAAAUGGAGGCAGCAGUAGAAGCUUUAUCGCGUGAAUUAACCAAAUUGCGUACUGGAAGGGCUUCUGCAGGUAUGCUUGAUCAUAUUAUUGUGGAAACUGGUGGUCUAAAGAUGCAGUUGAAUCGGUUAGCUGUAGUCUCAGUCAUGGAUCCUAAAACAUUAUCUAUAAAUCCUUACGAUCCCAAUACCCUGAAAGAGAUAGAGAAGGCCAUCACAUCAUCUCCAUUAGGUUUAAAUCCUAAGGUGGACGGGCAACGGUUGAUUGCAUCUAUUCCUCCAUUAACGAAAGAGCAUAUGCAGGCUAUUUGCAAGGUGGUUACCAAGUCUUGUGAAGACGUCAAGCAGAGCAUAAGAAGGGCUCGCCAGAAGGCACUUGAUACAAUAAAAAAGGCAGGCUCGAUAUUUCCUAAGGAUGAGGCCAAGAGAUUGGAGAAAGAAGUUGAUGACUUGACAAAAAAGUUUAUUAAGUCAGUGGAGGAUAUGGGUAAAUCGAAGGAAAGGGAAAUCACUCAAGGCUGAGUGGCAGUUUGUUGUUGUGUCCUGGUAUCAUUUGGAAUUGAUCUACACAACUCGGAAGAUUGACUGCUGAUAAUUUAUGAGAUAAUGUUUUGUACAACUUCUCUGUAGAUUUUGGCUAAUAUUAGCUAUUGAUUUGGUGUUCAAGCGAGGCUAUAUACUAUGCUCCUUGAAAAAGGCAGCAGAUUUUAUGGAAAAAGGCAUUUUCAUACA